AUGUACUUCUUCCUCCUCAAGCUCGCCCUCCUCAACCUGGGCUGCAUCUCCACCACUGUCCCUAAAGCCAUGGCCAAUUCCCUCUGGGACCCCAGGGCUACCUCCUAUCAAGGAUGUGCUGCACAAGUCCUCUUUUUCAUCUUCUUCUUUGGUUCAGAGUAUUCCCUCCUCACCAUCACGGCCUACGACCGCUACAUUGCCAUCUGCAAGUCCCUGCACUAUGGGAGCCUCCUGGGAACCAGAGCUUGUGCCAAGAUAGCAGCAGCUGCCUGGGGCAGUGGCUUUCUCAAUGCUGUCCUGCACAUGGCCAACACAUUUUCCCUGCCCCUCUGCCAAGGCAAUGCAGUGGACCAGUUCUUCUGUGAAAUCCCCCAGAUCCUCAAGCUCUCCUGCUCAGAUGCCUACCUCAGGGAAGUUGAGCUACUUGUGUUCAGUUUUUCUUUAGUCUUUGGUUGUUUUGUUUUCAUUGUUUUCUCGUAUGUGCAGAUUUUCAGAGCUGUGCUGAGGAUGCCCUCUGAGCAGGGCCGGCACAAAGCCUUUUCCACAUGCCUCCCUCACCUGGCCAUGGUCUCCCUGUUUAUCAGCACUGCCAUGUUUGACUACUGGAAGCCCCCCUCUAACUCCUCCCCAUCUGUGGACCUGGUGGUGGCAGUUCUGUACUCGGUGGUGCCUCCAGACCUGCCCAUGUAG